AUUACCGCUCCCUCUACCCUAGUGCAAAUGUCAUGGAUGACAUUUCACAUGUGCACGUAGUGGCAAAGGUAAGCUGUUGUGAGUGUCAUAGGGGUAAUUUUUUUGAAAAAUGUCUGUUGUCGAUAUACAGCAAUUAAAUUUGAUUACAAAUGAGGAAAAUUGGGAUCAACUGUUAGAACUUGUCAAACCAAAGCACUUUGUCAAGCAGAAUACAGGGGAACCACCUAAUGCGGCUGUUUUAGCACAAAUAUGUUGGACACUUAUCAAUGAAACCAGUCCCGAUAUGGUUAAAAUUUUGUGUUUGAAAUGUUUGGGAAACUCCUGCCUCGAUAGUUAUAAAUAUAAACAACACACAUUAGCAAACAAAGAACCUGAUAAAUAUAAAUACUUGUAUCAUAAGCUAGCUGAAAAUGUAUGCCAAUAUGGCCAGGAUUGUGAUUAUCCACAUGGUUCUUACUUUCCUUAUGAUGGAAUCAUAGAGUGGACUAUAAAUUAUAUUAACAUUUGUGAUAAAUCCACAAGUUGUUUGACCGAUAAUGAAAUAGAUAUCUUCAGGCUCAGUAUACAAUUUUUAUGCAAUUUAUUUACAUAUGCAUGUAAAAAUGUAACUUCCGUGGAGAAUGAGAAUAUUCUACAAUAUUUAAAUUGUGAUAAUUUGAAGCAAGCUGUUAUAAACAGCAUUCAGUCUGACCAUAAACCUCUUGCCAGUGCGGCUUGCAUAUUUGUGCAUAAUGCACUAAAAGAAUUACAAGAAUAUUAUUUCACAGAUGAUGAAAAGAAUCAUCUGUGUAUUCAAUUGCUAAAACCAAUCAAAGAAGGUUUUACAUCUGCAAGAGAUGCAUUGUUACAUAUAUUACAUCGCCCUAACGCGUGUGAAGCUAUUUAUAAUGAUAUAGCUAUGAAUGAAAAAUUAGAUUUACUUCGGAUAAUUUACGACGAACUUCAUCAAUCUACGUCUCAAACUAUGCUAGUGUUCACAAAUGAUACAGCUGAAUUUCUAGCACUAACGUUUUGCAAGAAAAGUGAUCUCAUUUUAAAAACUGUAGAUACAUAUGUAAACAGUAUAGAUCCCACAGAAGUUAUUCUUAUACUCGACAUUUUGGGACCUCUUACAUUAACGCCGUACAGAAUUUCGGAAAAUGCUAAAUCUUUGAUUAUUAAUUGUAAAUAUCUCUUGAUGUCCUUACACAUGAUGGGGAAAGAAUCAAACAAUUAUUUUACUCCAAUAACGAAUCUAAGUCAAGUGGCACCUAAUGCCCAGAGGAGAGCAAUGAAUAUAAAUACCGGGAUAAAUAAUGUCGAUAUAUCUGAAGAAACUACAAAUCCCGAUCCACAGGAUCAUCCUGCAUAUGGUUUUAAAUCAGGACUAAUAAAAGUUAUCGGAAAUAUGGUAUACAGAAACAAAAUGUGUCAAGAUUUGUUUCGUGAAAUAGACGGAAUUCCUUUACUUUUGGAUUGCUGUAACAUAGACGCGAGGAAUCCGCUUAUGUUACAAUGGAGCAUACUUGCUCUGAGAAAUCUGUGCGAGGGCAACCCCGAGAAUCAAGAGAUCAUCAGACACUGUAGGAGGGAAGGUGUGGUGGACAAUGUUGUGCUACAAGAGAUGGGAUUGACUCUGCACGAGGACAUGGACGGCAAAUCAAUUCGUAUCGCUCCUUUGCGUCGCGAUUAGGGAAGCUCGCGGUCGAGCAACGAGACGCGGGACUGUGACCGGCGACCGACAACCUGCUAAUAAUUAUCAACCUAUUACUCGCGAUACUUGCUUGUAUCGAUAAUGUCUCGGAUAAGAUACAAUGAUCAGUUAAUCGGUGCGUAUGAAUAAUUAUCAUUCGAGCUAGAUCGCGCGCGCGCGCGCGCGCAACUAGAAGCGUAUCCUGCUACACGCGCUCGCUGAAAAACGAUCCCGCAAUUACAACACACGCGAUCUGUGCCAUUACGCGAAAUACGAUAUCGUAUUGCAUAGAGAUAUUUUAUCGACAUUCACGCUCGAGUGAUUUACGAUACGACAAAAGCUGCGCGGCGCGCGGGUUCACGGUCCACACGUAUUAGCAGUUGCUAAUAUAGGUGCACUCGCGACGAUCGCGAGUUUCGAAAUGGGAUUUAUCUUCGUGAAGUAACGAUCGGUUCCCUCUGACUCAUUUCGUCGGUGCGCACGAUAUAAACUUCCUCUCUCUACGGAAUGCUCUCCGGAAGAAAUCAAUAAAUAAAUUAACGGCAAGCGGCUGCUUUCCAGAGCCGACCCCGUAUCCCGUUCCCUUGCGAAACUGUAUAAUCAUGACACGCGUGCUCAAAUAAAUAAUUCCUUUAAUUAA